AUGAUCGUGAAGCACAAAAAGGAAGAGAUAAAAAGUCUCAUUACCAGAUCAGGACAUGUUGCUGUGUUAGCUGGUUCAUGGCUGGACCAUGUAGAAGGCUGGUCUGCUCACAGGGAUGACGUCAAUAUUCUCUUCCUUACCUAUGAAGAAAUGAAGAAGGAUCUGAGAGGCUCUGUAUUGAAAAUUUGCAGCUUCCUAGGGAAGAAGCUGACUGAAGAGGAGGUAGAUGCAGUGGUGGAUAAUGCCACAUUUGAUAAAAUGAGGAAGGAUCGAAGGGUAAACUAUGAAAACAUGGAACCUGAUCUCUUAGAUCACACAAGAGGAAGCUUUCUUCGCAAAGGUAUUGUUGGAGACUGGAAAAACACAAUGACUGUUGCCCAGAAUGAAAGAUUUGACCAUGUGUUUAAGAAGAGAAUGGAAAAGUUGCCUUUCAAAUUCUGUGAUGAAUUAUGAGUUGGAAUUGACAAAUCUGUCUAAUUAGUCUUGUAUAGAGUUUGAUUUUCGGAAACAUGCUGUUUCCCAUCUAGUGUGGAUUGUGUGUUGACAUUGCAUACUGCUUUUCCAAAUUAUCACUGGACAGGAGUGCACUGAUGUUAUAGUAAAGCAGAGUAAAUCAACAUUAUACAAGGAAAUUCUGAAAAUGAGGUAGCAAGAAUAUGCUUCGAUAAAAGAAGGCUAAGCUAAACAAUGACUAUGCAUGUCCAGACGGAGGAAUUGGGAGCUGUCUGGUUCAAACUUAAAUGCUUUUUAUCUCCAGUGUCAUCUAUUUCAUCUCCCACUUGAGCGAACUUUCUGUUCACAAUUGAAGUUUUUCUCCCAUGAAAAAGGUCCAGACAGGUCAAUUUGUCCCCUUUAAGAUUCAUGACCUUCCCUUUCCUGCCACAUUCCCCACCUUUUCUUGCAGCCAUCAUUCAGCUGGUCAUGUUGACUUUCCUUUUGUGAUUGUUAUUUAAUAAAUUAAAUGACACAGCAAAACACCUAAAUAGCAUGGUACACAUCACAAUGCCAAUGCAUCUCAUUUAUCUAGAACAAUGCUGUAUCAAUAGGAAAAAAAUAUAUUUAAAAUGUUAAAUGUUAGAAUAGAUGAAAAUAGAUACUACAACCAAAUAAAGAAAAAAAGGGGUCACCUCAGAUAACACCACCCACAGCUCUGUUUUGGUGCAGAACAGCCGUCUGCAUGAGCUACAGAAUGGGCUAAUUAAGAGUGCUCUGAAUCAUGCCAAAAAUAGUGUAGCCAUAGUACUGUGCCGAAAAGGAGCAGGGUAGUUCUAAAAUAGGGCAGGAUGGAUUGCUCUGAACAGCACAAAAAGUCAUGCCAAUAGUGAGCUGUUCUGCCAGCGCACACUUCCUGCUUCUCUUCCUGUUGUGGCUUUGCUUUCUUGCAAGGCCAAGCAACUCCAGGUCCCACCCAGUCACAUCUGCCUUUCCCUUCACUUUCACAGGGCACAUCUUAAAGCAACAGCACCCGAACAAGAGUCAGGGAAUGGAGGAGCCUCUUUUCGAAGCAGAAUUAAAUUAAUCAAGACCAAGCUGUUGACGUGACCCUUUUUUAAAUCAAAGUCUUCCUUUGACCUUACUUCAACCAAGUACUCUUAAACAAAAGGACACCAAAGUUUAAACCAAGCAGCCAGAGCUGUAUGUUCCUGUGCAUUUUCUUUCCAUUUUCCCAGUCUUUGGUUUUUACAUAUAUUGUUACAUAACAAGCACUAUUCUUUGUUGCUGGUCCAGGAUUUGGUGGGAAUAUUAUCAGCACCUUGAGCUCUCACUAUCCUUAAUGAUGUUGCCAUUGUCAACAUGGAAGGAAGCUCACUACCAGGUGUUAAUAACCAUUUGUCAUUUUAUUUGAUCCCAUGCACACAAUUGUCCCAGUGCCAGUCCCGUUCACACUCCCAUGUACACUGUACAUGCCCAAAUACUGUGCUUCACAUGUCAGAACAAGUUGCACAUAACCUACAAAAGGAAAGAGUGAACAAAUAUGUGAGCCUUGAAGAAGUCACAACUUUUUUCAUAUGUGGUUGUUGAAACAGACUAACAUGGCAACGUUUCUG